AUGGAAAAAUUUUCAAGGUUUAGAGAUGCGGGCACUGGCAUACAGGUGAGUCAACGCUAGCUGCUCGAUGCUUGAUCUUUAUAAGAGACGAGAGGUGCUGAUGUAUGGGUUUCUGUGCAGGUCUUUCUGCCCCCUGUAGCUGUGAGUCGAUGUGCAGUCAAAUGUUGGCGAUGCCAUGCGUGAGAGCUGACUUAUCCUCCCCACUUUCAACUACAAGCCCACCGGAUCUUCAUCGCCGCUGACAGCCCUACUCAGCUUGCCUUUGCUGCUCCUGGCUGUCAUCAGAGGUCUUUCGCUAGUUCUAGUCAUCACACUUUGGUCUCUUUUCGAGCUUGCGCUCGGCACCGCUGUAAGGGGAGCCUUCCUCAACUUGGUGCUCGCGCUACUUGGCAUCUUCCCCGAGAAGCAGGUAGUAUCGCCUAACAGCAGAAAGUGAGUCUGCACUCCUGCGCAGAGCUUGGAUUGAUGACAGUUAGCAAAGCUGCUGAUCAUUGCGCACACAUGCGCUCUCUGGCAGCCGAGCAGCGCAAGUAGCUCUCGGGUCGCCCAAAGCGGGCGACCUGAUCUUGUCCAGCCACUCCUCGCCUUUGGACAUCUUGCUCCUCUUGCGGAUUUUUCCUCAAGCCAGAGUCCUCCUGCCGGUCCUCUCGCCCAGUCCCCGAGAAUCUCCGGACCCCAGGGGCAAGGCGUCCACAACCUCGUCUCGCUCGGCGGCUCAAAGGCGGAGAGGUCCUUCGUCCUAUCUGCCGGAGAGCCUCCGCGGAUCUAUGGAAGGCAACACCGAUGAAACUCCCCAGGCGCGCAGGGUAGAGGGCUGGAAAGUGAGCGAUAGCAUAUGGCAAGCUUUGAAGGUGAUUGCGAGCUGUAGGCCGCUUGAGCUGGGCUCGGAAGGCGUAACACGGGCGGACCUAGUGGACCUAGACAGCCUCAAGAAAGUGGGCUCACCUCUAAUCGUUUUCCCAGAGGUAGGUCUCCUCUACGAUCGUAGCUCUCUCAGGCAACGCCUCUGAAGGCACGGUUUGCAUCCAUCCAGAUUGUCACGUCCAAUAAUCGCGCUUUGCUCAAGCCUGCUGCUGCUGCUUUCCCAUCGAGCUGGGCAGACACCUACACCAGUACCGGCAGCCUGAGAUCGCUCAAAGACGGGCCAACAUUUUUCAUCACCACCAUUAAGUGAGUCGUAGCUCAUGACAAUGGCAUCUCUUCCCUUCACCUAACGUACGAAAUUCUCGAUACGCAGGUACGAAGCACCAACGCCUCUCUCCGCUUCACCAAUCACGACGGUCCCACGAUCUCUACCUUCUCUCUUCUUGGCCCUGCUAAGCAGCGUACCAGCAUAUGCUCCCAGCAUACGCAUACUGAAUCCGGCGGAGAGCAUCACCGGAUCGUCCAGUAGCAGCCUUUCUGAUCCGAGAGCAGGUCCGGCUGCAAAUGCCCUCAGACGAGGAAUCGAAGACGUAGUAGCUGAUACGUGGUCUAAUCUGUGAGUAACUGCCUCCUUAGCGCCAGUACAGAAAUGUAGCAGGCGGCGAGUGCACAGGUCAAAAGCUGAUACGUACACGCCCCUUCGACGUGGGCCGCGCAGCUCGAGGCUCAGGAGGACCGCUCUUGGAUGGACAGAGAAGGAUGCGUUCCUGACCAUGUAUGCUAAGAGGUGA